GCGGCCUUGCGCUUUUCCCGAUAAUGGGAAUAUUUUACCUUAUAUUCACGACCAGUUCCCUGUAUGCAUUCUCUUCUUUGCUGUAACGCGCCACUUUCUCGCUGCCACAAUCACUUUGGUAUCUGGUCGCAGAACCACGAAUGAUACCGUGACCAGUCCUUCGUCAUUCCUCCCCAAAUGAUGCGAGUGGAGAACAUAGGAGAGCCGUGAAAACCGGAAAUGACAUCGACUAUUGACGAAGUACAAGUGACACGUAGCUGUGCAGAUGACUCCGGAGCAAGGUACUAGGGAGUCGGUGGGGGGUAGCUCUCGCGACGAAGAGCGAGGCACCAGAAACCCGCGGCGAACGGCCAGCUCCGGCGGAUUCCUUGUCGAUUCCUUCAUACCACGAUCGAAGAGCCUCCGAACCAGCGGCCAGCAUCAUAAUCGCUCAGAAGACGAUCGCCGAGGCAAGCGCGGAACAGUUGAAUCUGAAUCUGCUUCCAAGAAACGAUCUCGGUUCCGUUGGAGUCGCCAUCGAGAGUCUACGAAAGGGUCGGAUGAUGUCGGUCCAAAUGCGAUAGACGAUAAGGAAGACACUGGCUCUUGUCAUAUUGCUGAGGAUAAUACGGUUCCAGAAUCUCAGAGCCGGAGUGUUACCGAUCAUACGACUGGCAACGUGGAGAGUCAUGACGACCAAGCUGCUUUAGGCUUGGAUAAGGACUCUUUACAAAUUGUCAACCUCGCUUUAAACUUAAGUGAGUCGAGGAGGAAGGGGAAUGUUAGUUAUCACGCUUCCAGCCAGGUACCCGGGGGCACAUGGGGGUCAUCAGGCGACGGUCGUUCUUCUGCCGCAGGGAGUAUUCCUAGCCACGGCUCAUAUGCCGGCCAUGGCGCAAGCAACCCUUUAGGCGAUGAUCGAUUGAAACUGACCCGAUCUCGCGCACACAUGGCAACUAACGAUGUGUUGAAUUCACUUCCCAGGUCCGUAACAUCCGAUUCCACACCGCAAGAGUUCUCGGCGGGGACAUUGGCGCGAGCUGCAAAUGCCCGGCGGUAUUUUGAGCUGCGCCAUGAGUAUUUACGUCUACUUCCUUCUCUCCCACCCCUCAGCCUACACGAGGGUCAGUCUACAGCCGACUCCUCACAAAGUGCGCAAUAUCCAUCGCAUCGUGUCUACAAUCCACUUCAGGCAAUCCGCAAUCGCAAGGUCAGGUUCCGUGAACGUUGUCCCAUUGAUCCUGAGGCAGACGGAUGGAACGAUGUCGAUAAAAUUCACAGUUGGGUGAAUUCAGUUGAGGGCCAGUACAGUCACCAGACGCGGACUCACCUUGAGUGCCUCAAACUUCCACCUUUCCAAGGGGGGCAUGUCGACGUGCCCUCGAAUCAAGAGGCAGACGAUGUUGAUGCUUUUGCCGGCUCACCACCCUCGAGCCUCCGACGCAUAAGCCGUACAGGCAGCCUUAAGACCCGCAGGCCCAAGUCUGACUGGAUAAUAUUUCCCGACGAGCUUCUUGCCGAUGCAGCCUGGGUCGAAGAUGUGCAAAACAAGAGCAAAUUGACGGAUAAGGAUGGAAACACACUUUAUCAGGAUCCAUCUUCUUUGGUUGUCAAUGACCCCAACCAAGAGCAGGUACAGGACAAAAUCUCUGCUAGUACUGGCCGACCCUCGUCUCAUACCUCUCACUCUGAUGCACGCCAACGGUUAUCGGUUGACAUGAAAGAUGCUGGUCGUGGAAGACAAUCAAGCAGGUUCAAGGUUUCGCGGCGCAUAGGUCGAAGCAGCAGUCCAUCUGGGGAGGACAUGGGCUCCAAAAAGCGCAAGCUCAGAAUUCGGCCGCGGAGCUCCUCAGGCUCUAGCGUAGACGUGAAGCCACAUCGUAAUUCAUUUUUGAACGAUGCAGUAUCUCCUGGGAGAUCUAUCUCGCCUCUGAGACGGCACGGACAGAGUUGGAAUGAGAAUAGGGCCUCGUUGUCGUCCGGUCCAAGCGCAGACGACCGCUAUGAUCCUCUAUCAUUGGCGAAAAUAGAAGGCCAUAGGCCUAACGCAGACAUGGAUGUUGGGUAUUUCCCUGGCAUUGCAUCUAAUCUAUCUCCUCCAUCAAGUCGAUCCCCAUCGCCCGCGAAACGAGGCUUCUCGCGGGCAGUUGGGUCUCGAAGAGGCCAUAACCGAAAUAGUCCUAACAGGAAAGGUGCUGAUGACGACAGCUCAGUGGAUUUUGAAGGCGUACGCCAGGACAGCAUGCCAUUUACGGAAUCUUCUGCUCAUAUUGAUACCGAACCCCCGCCUCUUCCCACCAAAGCCUCGACAUACCAUGUAGAUGGCCGGAGGCCCAACCAUCAUGAACGGAAAGAUUCAGCUCCACAUGAAUCCAAGUUGCGUGGGAUAUUCAAAGGGCCCGGGAAGAUUGCGGGCAAAGUCGGCAAUGAGGUAUCGAAAAUGGGAGACUUUAUCCUUAAAAAGGAUGGCGUAGGGCAUUCACGCCAGUCUUCCUUUGUGAUGUCCGAUGACAGCGAGUCUGAUGAUGAAGAAGAAGAAGCGAAGGGAGAGAAACUCGGAAUUCCUAGAGCUAUACUACGCCGCCUGCCCGCGUUUUCUGACGAUCCUGGUCGAUCAGCACCAAGAAACUCGGAUAAAUCUCUAGCAAAGAAUUAUUCGCAAACCCCGCCGACAAUUAUCGAGCCCCGCCAACGUUAUGAAGAAGAUGAGGUUGGCCCAACUAGUCUCCCCAGCUCCCAGGGUCGACUUUUGGACCUUCAACGAGAUGCAGGCAAUCCAAUGGGCAAACAUUCAGGCAAUUCUGUGAGACGCGGUCAUCGCUUCAUGCAAUUUGGACCGGAAAUCCACACCAUACGUGAAGAGAUCAAAAAGGGUCGAAUCAAGGACAACUCUGUCCCAUACAGCCUUGCUCGUCCUCCCAUAACCGGUCUAGCACAAGCCCAGCCGACCCCAAACCCGUCUCCGCAUGAAUUACGUCCGACACUUCCUGGUCAGUCAAGGAGUUGGAGCAUAUCUGACCGCAGUGUCUCGGUCUCGAUCGAAUCCGGUGUACCCGACAAACAGGAAGUUGAACGCACUCGCGCUCUUCUCCUUUCAUCGGGUAUAAAAGCUCGAGAGAUUGUUCGCCGGGCCGAGAAUGCGCGCAGGCCUCCACCUGAAUUUCUUCAACGCUCGUUUGGCUCGAACAUGUCAAUACCCUCCGUCCCACGAACCCAUGAGCAUCAAUUAGCAAGCCAGAGACUUCUCAAACGGAUUGAAACGUCCCACAAGUCCUUUGAAGGCUCAAUCGAGCGCCUACCAAAGGAUGCGUUUUCGCCCUUAAAGUCUCAACUUUCCACCCUUGAGGACUUGGUUACUAAGUCGCUAAACACUCGUGUUCGUGCUGCGACUGAGGAAGCUGAAAACCUCAGUAUGCAGCUUAACACUACCAGCACGCUUGCUGUGAAACAGUUGAGUGACACACUCGAACACGGCCUCCGCAAGCGGCACCGCCGACUACGCUGGCUGCGACGCACGGGGUUCGUGAUGCUUGAGUGGGCCUUGAUUGGAUUAUUGUGGUGGGUGUGGUUGAUUGUCGUGGCGUUCAAACUUUUCAGAAAGCUUCUUUACGGCAUGGCUUCAGGUGCGAGGUGGAUAUUAUGGCUAUGAUUGCGGUGUUGUCACCCUGGAGUCGAUUGACCAAGCAUAUACACCUUUCUACGUCUAAGUUACUUUUCAGCGAUUUGUAUUACUGAUGCUCAUCGGCAUUGCCUAUGUAUUUUAGAUACCACUUUGCACAUAGUAUGGAGUUAUAAUUAAUGAACUUUCCAAUUAUUGAUUUCAU